AUGCUCGAGGGCCUGGGGUCCCCCGCCUCGCCCCGGGCAGCUGCAAGCGCCUCGGUCGAAGGGUCGUUGGGGCCCGCGGCCUGCCCGCCGUCCUCGCCCUCGUCCCCGAGGUCCAUGGAGUCCCCAGCCACCCGGCGGGGCGGUGUGCGCGCCAGCGUCCCGCAGAAGUUGGCGGAGGCGCUGAGCAGCCAGUACGGGCUGAACGUGUUUGUGGCGGGGCUGCUGCUGCUGCUGGCCUGGGCCGUGCACGCCGCGGGUGUGGGCAAGAGCGACCUGCUGUGCCUCCUGACGGCGCUCAUGCUGCUGCAGCUGCUGUGGAUGCUGUGGUACGUGGGCCGCAGCUCCGCGCACCGCCGCCUCUUCCGCCUCAAGGACACGCACGCGGGCGCCGGCUGGCUGCGCGGUAGUAUCACAUUGUUUGCAGUCAUUACCAUCAUCCUGGGAUGCCUUAAAAUUGGAUACUUCAUUGGAUUUUCAGAAUGUUUACCCGCCACUGAAGGAGUUUUCCCUGUCACCCAUGCAGUGCAUACUUUGUUGCAGGUAUAUUUUCUUUGGGGGCAUGCAAAGGAUAUUAUCCAGUCUUUCAAAACACUGGAAAGGUUUGGGGUGAUCCACUCGGUGUUCACCAACCUGCUUUUGUGGGCCAACGGUGUCCUCAAUGAGUCAAAGCACCAACUCAAUGAGCACAAGGAACGGCUCAUUACUCUGGGCUUUGGAAACAUAACAACAGUUCUGGAUGACCACACACCGCAGUGUAACUGCACACCCCCAACUCUCUGCACUGCCAUCUCCCACGGGAUCUACUACCUCUACCCCUUCAACAUAGAGUAUCAGAUCCUGGCCUCCACCAUGCUCUAUGUCCUAUGGAAGAACAUCGGGCGCAAAGUUGACAGCCAUCAGCACCAGAAGAUGCAGUUCAAGUCUGAUGGGGUCGUGGUGGGUGCAGCCCUGGGCCUGACUGCGCUGGCCGCCACCAUUGGUGUGGUGGUGGUGUACCUGAUUCAUAUUGGGCGCUCCAAGACCAAGAGCGAGUCAGCACUCAUCAUGUUCUACCUGUAUGCCAUCACCCUGCUGAUGCUGAUGGGGGCUGCGGGGCUGGCUGGAAUCCGGAUUUAUAGGAUGGAUGAGAAAUCACUGGACGAGUCCAAAAAUCCGGCCCGCAAACUGGACUCGGACCUCUUGGUGGGCACAGCCUCGGGCUCCUGGCUUAUCUCCUGGGGCUCAAUCUUGGCCAUCCUCUGUGCAGAGCUUUGGAUACCUCCUGCCUUUGGCUGUCGACCCGAGUAUGACAACGGAUUGGAGGAGAUUGUCUUUGGCUUUGAACCCUGGAUAAUUGUGGUCAACCUGGCCAUGCCUUUUUCUAUUUUCUACCGAAUGCACGCAGCUGCCUCCCUCUUUGAGGUCUAUUAUUGCGCUUCCUGUGGGCUGGAACUGCCCGUCACCCCUGAUGAGUGUAAACAAGUUAGAUCAAAAUCCGAGAGGUGGCUGGAAUCUGUCCUUGGCAGCCUCAGCUGCUGUUCAAAGCCGCUGCCGACAGCUGGUUUCUCCGCCCAGAAUGCGAGCCCUGCUAUGAGAGCGCGCGACCUGCAGGGGGCGCCGGCGCCCUUCCCGCUGCGCCUUUCCCCGCACUUCAGGGCAAGCCUGAGAGGGGGCACCUGGCCAGGCACAAGAUGGCGCUUUAAGCCUGGUUGUGAGAAGGAGGCCUGCAAACACAUUCCUUCCCUCCGCUGCGCUCGGACCCUGCUUGCCAGGGGGUCCGUGUCUCCACCUCUCCAGAGCUUGGUGGGUGGGUUCUGUCCUCCUCCUCGGACAAGGGAGAGCCAGCAGCCAGUCACUGCUUUCUGCCGGAGAAGGAAGUGGAGCUCAACCUUUCUGACGGCAGCAAGGGCUGCCUGCAAGCGUCUGGCGGGCAUCUCUGGAGCAUCAGUUUUGGAUGAUCAUUCUGAGCCAAGCAUCUUUGAUAUCAGGGGCAAGCCUACUACCCCUUUGCUGGAGAUGGGCAUGGAGGUGGGCACCUGCUGCCGCUGCCGCCCGGCGCGCUGCGAACUCCAGAGAACAGCCCUGGCCGUCAGCGGGCACCAGCGGCUUCCUGUCCCCAGCGCCGAGACUGGAGGGACGCACCGCGGCCACCGAGCCAGAGGCGCUUCAGGCGGCGAGAGAAGUCCCCGCGCGCCCCGGGGCCCGGCGCAGCUCACGGUGAGCGCCCCUCAGGGCUCGAGGGUCCCUUGGCUGAGGGGGCGCAUCCUCGGGGUGCCCGAUGGGGCUGCCCGAGGGUCGCAGGGCUGA